AUGUCAAUAUCGUUCCAAGAGCAAUCACAUUUUCUCUGCUACCCACUGAAUUCCAAUAAUAAACAGAUUUCGUCAACUACGCUGAUCAUGGCCAGUAGGCCCUCAAGGAAGCAGUUCACUUUGUUACUGAGAAAAAUCCCUUUGAAAAACAGUUCCUCAUGGUUCAACGUUAAAAAUUACACUGAUUCUACUACCGACUUCACGAUGCCUGCUGGGAUCCCCGGUUCAGGUGCUGGUAAGGGUGGUGGUGCAGGAGGUUCAGUGAGGGAAUCAGGUGGUAGUCUAGGUAGGUAUGGAGCAGCUCAGGAAGAAGGCUACUUCCAUCAACAACAGAGAGAACAAAUUGAAAAAUUAAAGGAAAAAUUGAAACGAGGAGAGGACAUAGGCUUCAGUGAGAAACCACCUAAACCUACAUGAGGUCUAUAAUAAUUUA